UCCAGGGAAUACCGUGACUGUGUCAGAGCACACACAGCAGCAUCCGGGUCACCUCCUGCUGCACCUGUUGCUGUUUGACAGGGAAAGGCUGCGGCACCGGUUGCCUCCUGUCAGCUUCCACGCAGACUGGCUUCAAACACGCAUAUGUUUGGACGAGACAAGGAAGCAAGAGAAAAACACGAGGCCUGCGUUUCAUGUCAGUCAAGGAGCUUUUCAGAUGGCAAUGGAGACGCUGCCAGUCGGCUGGCAUGUGCACACCUGGGGCCAGGAGGCCCAUGGGACCAAGCUGCUGAAGGAGGGAUCUGCUGACACCAAAACAAACACACAUGUUCACGAUCUGUUUCAUGAAGAUGCACAGCGUUUCCACCAGCCCAGCCAGCCGUGGUGGAGGAUCAAGCUGUUCGUGUGGGAGCCGGUGCUUUUUGGGACCUGGGAUGGCGUUUUCACCACCUGCAUGAUUAAUAUCUUUGGGGUGGUUCUGUUUCUGCGCACCGGAUACCUGGUGGGUAACACUGGCGUGCUGUUGGGGUUGCUCCUCGUCUCCGUGGUGGUUUUGGUCGCUUUAGUGACAGUGAUGUCAGGGAUCGGAGUGGGCGAACACUGUGGGGUUGGGAGCGGAGGAGUCUACUCCAUGAUCUCCAACGUGUUGGGAGGCAGAAUCGGAGGUACUGUUGGCCUCCUCUACGUGUUUGGACAGUGUGUUGCCGGCGCCAUGUACCUCACGGGCUUCUCCGAGUCCGUGGCAGAGCUUUUGGGUCUGCAGAGCCAGUGGGCGGUGCGCUGCAUGUCAGCGGCUGUCCUCCUAGCGUUGCUUGGGAUCAAUCUGGCAGGUGUGAAGUGGAUCGUCAGACUGCAGCUGCUGCUGCUGGCUUUGUUGGCAAUCUCCACUCUGGACUUUGUUAUUGGCACCUACACACACCUCGAUCCAGAGCAUGGCUUCGUGGGUUACUCAGCCAAGCUUCUCAGUAGUAACACCAUACCGGAUUAUAGCCCUGGAGAAAACUUCUUCACAGUAUUUGGGGUCUUCUUCCCUGCUGCUACAGGGGUCAUGGCAGGAUUCAACAUGAGCUCAGACCUGCAGCGGCCAGAGCACAACAUCCCAGUGGGAACCCUAGCAGCUGUUUUUACUUCGUGGUUCCUGUAUCUGGUCUUUGUCUUCCUCCUGGGGGCCAUUUGCACCAGAGAAGCUCUCCGCUGUGACUUCUUGAUAGCAGAGAAGGUCUCCUUGGUGGGUUUCCUCUUUCUGCUGGGACUUUACAUCUCCUCCCUUGCUUCCUGCAUGGGUGGCUUGUAUGGAGCACCCAGGAUCCUCCAGUGCAUCGCCGAAGAGAGGGUCAUCCCCUCGCUGACCUUCUUAGCAAGAGGGAAAGGCCCAAACCGGACCCCGGUGGCAGCCAUUUGUCUAACCAGCAUGCUGACCAUGGCGUUCAUUUUCAUUGGUCAGGUCAAUGUGCUAGCACCAAUUGUCACCAUCAACUUCAUGCUCACCUACAGCCUCAUUGACUACUCCUACUUUUGUGUGGCCAUGGCCUUCCAGCUUCAAACGAAACAGAAGAGUCAGACCUUCAUUUCAGGAAGGGGAAGCAGGCGCAGGUCGACCAAGCAAAGUUCAAAGCCUCUGAUUGCAACCCCUCUCCCCAAUUAUGGGAGUGGAGGCGAAAGUCCGCAGGGAAAAGGGACUCUGUUGGAGUUCAAUAAGGAUAUGGACCAGAUCUUCCCACCUGUCUCCAAACUUAAUCCUGAACCAGAGAAAAUGACUUUGAGGCAGGAUUUGUGCAGCGGAUCUCAGAGUAGGAAGGCUGCCACCAAGCAGAGACUGAUGCACAGCUUUGGUCUUGAUCUGAACAGUAACAUGUUCUCAAAUGAAAACGUAGGGGAGCAGAGCUCAGCCCCACUCCAGGAGGGAAACAAAGGGCAAAGUGGAGAUGAGGAGUCCAGGGCUGGAGAUCAACCUGAAGUCAAAUAUCACACAAGGAUGGAUGACACCCAGCAAGAUUCACCUGCAGAGACUCAUCUUUACAAUGCAGGUAAUGAAGAAAAACCAGAGCAGCAACACUUUGAAAUUCAACCCAUGUGCGAUGCCUUCUACACAAAGUUAUGUAACCACUGGAUUGCCCUCAUUGGGGCAAUGAGUUCCAUAUUGAUUAUGUUUAUCAUUCAGUGGGCUUAUGCUUUAGCAAACAUCCUGGCUGCAUUGCUGCUCUUCUUCUACAUUGGGAAAACAAGUCCUGGUUUACCUACAGGUAUUGCAGCUCAGUUCAGCUUUUUCAGAUGGCUGAAGACAAUUCUUGGUAACCUAUACAGGAAGAGAGGAUCUCCCCAGGAUGAGAUGGUGGUGACUCCAUCUCUCUCCGGAAUUGGGCUCAAAACCAAGCAACUGACUGAGGAAAAUACUGACUUUUCCUCUCGCCACCGCUUUCACCAAUCUUGGUCCAUCCAAGCUGACACAAUGGUGCAACCACCGAACCAGUGACACGCUUGAACUCUGACUUACUUCUAUGUCUGAAAACCUCAAACCACAAAGUGUGCCUCUUGCUGCUGCAUUUUGCAUAUUUCCUUUGUAGCAAAGACUUUAAGUGCCUCAGGUCAUUUUUGAUUGGUGUUGAAAAAACAGCUGAACUUUUCUAAAAGAUACUUAUGUGCUCAAAGUCACGUUUAUUCAUUUGUUUUCACAUUAAGUUUACAAAUAAAUUUAUUUUG